GAGCUGUAUUCCACAUGUAAUAUUAUUUGAUUUCCUAUAAAUAUGCUACAAAGUGCAAGUUUUGAGUGAGUCAAUCUUUACUCUUCAAAAAUGCCUCUCUUCUCUUGUUCUUGUUCUUUUUUUCUUUUCCGUUUCUUUCUCUCCAAACAGCCUUUGUUGCUCCCAUUCACAAAGACCACAACUCCCUUCUCUACUCCAUCUCCGUCUUCAUGAAAACUCCCCUCCGCCCUACCAAGCUCCACCUCGACCUCGGUGGUGCCUUCUCCUGGAUCGACUGCUACAAUCAUUACAAUUCUUCCUCUUAUCGCCUCGUCGACUCCGAAUCCGCUCUUUGCAAUUCUAUGCAUCCUAAUAUUGCUGGCCCUUGCGUUGACGCACCAACUCCAUUUUGCUCCAAUAAUGGCACUACUCUCUUUUGCUAUGUUUACCCUGAGAAACCACCGUCGAUUAGAGACUCUGUUGAUUACGACCACGUAAAGCUCACAGAUUCCGAGAAUCUGAUCGUCGACGUUCUCGCUUUGUCAACCACUGAUGGUUCCAACCCAGGCCCGCUUCGUCAAAUUCCUCACCUUCCAAUUUCCUUCGAUGUGAUUGGCCUAGUGGCACUCGCCGCAAAUGAGUCGAUUCCUUCGAUGGUCAGCACUACAUUUGGAAGAUCCAAGUACUUCGCGGUGUGCUUACCGGGAGCGAGAUCGGGUCCAGGCGUGGCGUUCUUCGGAUCGAAAGGACCCUACAAAUUUUCCCCAAAUGUGGACCUCUCCAAAUCCCUAAUUUACACUCCAUUGCUCUUCAAUCCGGUGAGCGCCUCCAUCUACACCUAUUGGUUACCCUCCUACGAAUACUACAUCGCCCUCUCCGCCAUCAGAAUCAACGCCAAAACGGUGCCGUUCAACACUUCUCUGCUGCCGUUCGAGCCGAUCCACGGCGGCGGCGGGACGAAGAUCAGCACCUCCGCCACCUACGCCCUGCUCCAGACCUCCAUUUACAGAGCAUUCGCGGCGGCGUUCGCGAAGGAAUCGGCAGCACUCAAUUUCACGGCGACAGAUCCGGUGAAGCCGUUCGGCUUGUGCUACGCGGCGGAGAGCGUGGCGAUGACGGCGGCCGGACCGGCGGCGCCGGCGGUGGAUCUGGUGAUGGAGGGAGGGAAAUCGGCGUGGAGAUUGGGAGGGAGGAAUUCGAUGGUGAGGAUGAAGAAGGUGGGAGUGGAUGCGUGGUGCUUGGGAUUCAUCGACGGCGUGGAGAAUCCGAGGACGCCGAUCGUAAUCGGAGGGCUGCAAAUGGAGGAUCAAUUGCUGCAAUUUGAUCUUGAGAAUUCUCGAUUUGGAUUCGGUUCUUCGGUGUUGCUCCAAGGGACUUCUUGCUCCAAGUUUAACUUCACUUCCCUCGACAAUUUCAUAUGAGACGUUGAUCAAAGAUCACAAGCCCAGAAGACUUUUGGUCCUGUGCUCUAAUUUAGUCUUUAAAC